UCGAACACGAAGCAGUCAUGUAUAGUUGGAGCUGCCCUCAUCGACCAUGUCCGCUGCUCGUGUUGACUGUUUGCCAAACUCCCGGAGUUUCUCGAUCUUGGGACAUUUCCGGGACCCAUUCGCCUUCCAGAAGCUUCUGGAUCGCUGUAUCGGUUUCAUCCAUUGGGACACGGAGUCCGCAUUCACCUGGGUCAAGAUACUUCUGCUGGUCUUCACCGGGACGUACUACACGCUGUCCUGUCUGUGUCUCACCCGGAUCGAUCCGGCUGAAGUACCACUGGACCACUUCUUCGGAAUGUGGUUCCUGGUUGGUGGUGGGUGUUCUUGCUUCUCCCAGUGGUACGUCCUGGCCAUCGAACGGCGUCACCUUGCCAAGGUCAUCGGUUUUCUUACGAAUCUACAGCAAAACGGAAUCGAUCAUCCAACGAGAGUUCGUCAACGAUCACGUAUUGUGCUUUACUCCAUCGUUCACUGGACCACGAAUGUCAGCCAAACCGCAGUAUGGGCCGUUACCUUGCUCUUCACAAGCUCUAUCGCUCACGCCACAAGCAACUCAUACUUGUAGAUGUUGGCUUACACCUUCUUUCCGUUGGAGAUCAUGCUCAUUGGAAUGACCGCCAACGUAUCGCAGAUCAAUACCUUCACCACACUGUUGGUGUUUGCGGUGGAGUUCGAGAUACUAGGGGAAGACUUCCGUCAGGCGUUGGACAAGUGGAACGUGGUUGACAUGAAGACCUGCGUUCGACGGCACCAGAAGUUGCUGGAGAUGGUGAUGCUGUUUCGGGAUAAGCUCAAACUGUACCUUCUGCUGUCACUGCAGAUCUACUUCUUUUCGAUCACGUUUUGCUGCGUAAUGCUGGUAAUCCAACUGAAGACCGGAGACAAUCAGAUGUUCUACACGCUGAUCAAUCUUACAACCGCACUGCUAUGUUUGCUACUGUUCGGACUGUUCUGCGACUAUUUGGAUCUGAAGGUGGCCGAAAUAAGCGACCAAGUUUUCGACUCAAAAUGGUCGGAGCGAAUCUCACGGGAUCGAUCGAUGAAGAGAAACCUGCUGAUGAUUCUGAUGCGGUCUCAGAAGAAGAUCAAGUUUACCUGUGGCGAUAUUUACGCCAUGUCGAUCGUUACCUGCAUGAACGUGAUCAACAUGUGCUACUCGGCAUUCACGCUGCUGAUGAACAUGGUUCAGG